UAUGACGUGUCAAGCAGCCGAGUGCGAAAUAUCUACACAAGUGACCAACAGGUAACAAUAGCACAGAGCUUUUGUUGUAGCACAUAUCUGAUUUUUGCAGUUUUAGGUUUCGUCUGUGCUUUCAGCCCUUCACUGGCAUUUCCCAGACAGGCUGCAAAAUUGUUAAAAACGGAUAGAACACUUGGUAAAUUGAUUGAUACUGUGACCAAGAUCACCUCUCUAGUCCCUUGGAUGCAGUGAUAUUCGGACAGAGGCACUUAGUAAAAAUUCAAGGCUUUAUUGGCAAAUCUCUGUGUUAAACUGUCUUCUUUCACUUUUGUCUAUAGUGCCUUCUAUGCUUGACUAUUAUUAGUUGGUGCACUGGCCAAGAUGAGCAGAUCUGGUCAGAAAAAAGAAAAGUAUGGAAGCAGUGACCUUUCCUUAGAUAACUGCAAUGAUGGAACUGCUGCUCGAACAAGGCCUCUCAGUUUUCAUGAGAUAAUAAUUAGAAGGAAAAACAAGAAAUCACCUGAAGAAAUCAAAGAGGCAGCUAGGGGAUCUGAGAAUAAAUCAGGGGAUUGCACUAUUGAGAAUGUUUCUGAUCAUCGCGAAUCUGAAAGGCAUCACAAACACAAUAUAGAUUCUUCUGAUGGUGUUGACAAACACUUCUCAGAGGGAGUUGUGAAGCUCGAUUCCCAGGGAAAAGAAGAUACCAUUCCCCCUAAUGGUAGCAACUCAGUGAGGAGAGACAGAGAACGCCGUGAAUCAGAAAAAAAAAUUAGGGAUGACAGUUUACCCAAACAUAAACAUAGAGAAGUUCUUCGAUCCGAAAUCAGACUGAAGGAUGGAAGUCUAGCAAAAGAAAACAAUACUGGAGAAAGUUGUAGAUCAGAAAUCAAGCUGAAGGCUGAAAUGAAAGAGAAAUUCACCAAAGAUAAAGGCAAGGUUGACAAACAAAUUCUUGGCCUGGGAAAAAAUUAUGAGUGGCCGAGUGAAAAUUCCAAAGAUGUAGCUGUAAAGAAGCAUUCAAGAGAUUUAACUGGGAAAGAUAGACAUGAGGGCAGAAGUGGAGAGAAGUCUGAAAGAGAAAGCAAGAGAAAACAUCGGAGUGGAAAUGAUGAGAAAAAUGGAGAUGGAAAUGCUGUGAAGAAACAUGAUCUAGGUAAGCGGCGUGAUUCAGAGAUUUCAGAGAGAAGGGAAAGGAAAGAAUCUCAAAAAUCUCAUUAUGGGGAAUCAAGGUUGAAAAGGAUGCGAUCAAGGAGUCGAGAGCGUGAGGAAAGGAAUAGAAGGUUGUCCAUUUCUGUCUCACCAAAGGCACAUCGACAUACAUCAUAUCAUGGACGAGAGCAUGAAGAACUGUUUGCACAUUCUUCUAAAGGCAGGUCUGGAAGACAUCAUUCUGAUAUUGACAGGAGCAGAGGAACCAGUAAUGGUUCAAAUAAUCACUAUAGUAGGUGGCAUGGUGGAUCCACAAGUGGCCUUGGUGGUUAUUCGCCAAGGAAGAGAAGAACUGACGCUGCUGUUAAGACUCCCUCCCCCGUUAGUCACUCCCCAGAAAAGAAAAGUGCCAAGUGGGAUGUUGCACCAUCAGAUUCAAACACUGUUUCUGAUCCAGUUCCAUCCACUUUCCAAAUGUCAAACCAAAAUGCAUCAGUGAACGCAGAUGAAUUGGUUAGAGCUACUUCUCUCACUUCAAGUGAAGUGAAGCCUCUUGAUGUGGCUUCAGUUUCUGCUUCUUUGACAAGGCAAAAUAUCUCCAUUUACUCUCAUCAGCUGACACAGGCUACAAAGCCUUUGAGGAGCCUUUAUGUAGAUAAUGUACCAGCUUCAGUCUCGGAGAAAGCUGUGAUCGAAUUUCUUAAUAAUUUCUUGCUUUCAUCUGGUGCUGAUCAGAUUCGUGGAUCCCAACCUUGUAUUAGCUGUGUUAUACAGAAAGACAAAGGCCAAGCUGUUAUAGAAUUUCUUACACCAGAGGAUGCUACUGCAGCACUUUCUUGUGAUGGCAUUUCUUUCUUUGGCUCCAUACUCAAAAUCAGGCGCCCCAAAGACUUUGUUGAAGUUGCAAAUGGUGAAGAGAAAUCAGUGGCAGCGGCUGCAGCUGAUGCAAUAAGUGAUACUGUGAAGGAUUCACCUCACAAGAUCUUCAUUGGUGGAAUUUCAAAGACUUUUUCAUCUAAAAUGAUCAUGGAGAUUGCUUCUGCUUUUGGACCUUUAAAAGCGUUUCACUUUGAGGUCAAUGAGGAUCAUGAUGAACCAUGUGCUUUUCUAGAGUAUGUGGACCGAUCAGUUACCCAGAAAGCUUGUGUGGGUCUUAAUGGCAUGAAAUUGGGAGGUCAAGUACUAACUGUUGUUCAAGCUAUUCUAGAUGGAUCAUCCUUGGAAAAUAAUGGAAGCUCAUCAUUCUAUGGGAUCCCUGAGCAUGCAGUUCCACUUCUUGAGAAGCCCACUCAAGUCCUGAAGCUUAAAAAUGUGUUCAAUCAAGAAGGCCUUUCAUCUUUGUCUGACUUGGAAGUUGAAGAAGUACUGGAAGAUGUGCGAUUAGAGUGUGCAAGGUUUGGUACUGUUAAAUCUGUUAAUGUUGUCAAGUACGGAGAUAGUAACGUUGACAACCUAGACAUGUGUGAAGUCGGUGGCUAUGUGGCAUCUGCAGGAAUUGAAGAAAACUUGAGGUGUAAUGAAAGAAAUGUGAAAGCAGAAAGCUUAAAAGAAGCUAUGGACAAUCAAUCAGAAGAAAUCAAGGGAUUAGAGUUUCCGCUUGAUGCCAAAGAAGUUAAGGAAGUUGAGGAAGGCAACAGAGUUAGUGAUAAUAACCCAGUUGGUGGCGUGGUGCUGGAUGAGCCAUGCCCACUGGAUAGGCAUGAUAGUAACAUGGCUGCUGAAGGCCUCAUGCGGCAGAGCCUAUCCAAAACACUUUCUCCAGAAGCUGAGCAACCAAACACCUUGAAGGAUGGUACAUGCUGUCAUGAGGACAAAGUUGCUUGUAGAAUUGAAAUGGACGGCAUCAGUUUGGAUAAUAAAUUGUCAGCUGAAGAAGAAUUGAAUCUUGAUGAAGUCAACAGAAACUUGCAGGAAGCUUCUGCAGGAUUUGAUGGAAGUGUGGAAACACACUCAGAUUCAAUUGAGAAUGGUGGCAAAGAGAAACAGGAUAAUAAUCUUGCACGGAUAUUUGAGCAAGGCUGUGUAUUUGUGGAAUAUCGAAGAACAGAAGCGUCAUGCACAGCGGCACAUUGUUUGCAUGGACGAUUAUUUGAUGAUCGGAUUGUGACAGUUGAAUAUGUCCCUUUGGAUCUUUACAAGAAGAGGUUUACAAAAUGAAACUGUUUGGGAACAUUGCAGUCAGAUAGGAGAUAGAAUUGGUUGGUGUAAUUUCAUGCGUUGGAAGUAUGCCAAAUUUUGACCCUUUUCCCAGAUGGUCUUUAUGGAAAAUCAACUUGAAUAGCUUGGUUUUGAAUCCUUCAAAUGGGAUGGUAGGCUUCAUCUGGCAAAUUGGAGCUUGGCUAUGUAAAAAUGGGUGAUGGCAAUGGAUGGAUGGUGUAUGAAAAUGGAGGUGAGGUGAGGUAAGUUGUUGCAGUUGUAGCUUGAUUUAGGUUAUGGACAGUCCAUUCCAUACAUGAACUGAACUUGUGAGGUUGAUUUAAUUUAGAUUCAUUUGUAUUUGAUAGAUGAUGUAUUUUUUACUAUUGGUCUGUUCACAGAGUCAAUGCUUUAAAUCAUGUUUACAACUUAUUGGAAAUUACCAUAAUAUCCUCAAUAUAGCAAACUUGGAGA